AUGAGCGACGAGGUGAUAUGGCACUGCCUCCGCCACAACCACUGCAGCUUCAUGGCCAAGAUCGAGACGGGGCUAUUCUGCAGGAACCCCUACAACGCCACGGGCAUAUGCAACCGGAGCUCCUGCCCGUUCGCCAACAGCCGCUACGCCACCAUCCGGGACCACGACGGUAUUUUCUACUUAUACAUGAAAACUGCGGAAAGAGCCCAUCUGCCAAACAAAUUAUGGGAGAGAGUCAAACUACCCAGGAAUUAUGAGCAAGCAAUGGAAGUCAUCAAAAAACAUCUCGAACAUUGGCCGGAGCUACUUGUGCACAAGAUCAAACAACGCCUGACAAAAAUGACUCAGUAUCGCAUAAGGAUGAGGAGACUUCAACUUAAAGUGAGAGAGAAGAUAAUGACCGUCCCCAGGAGGAAGACUCAGCGCGAUCUCCAAAGAUUAGAGAAAGCUGAAAAGGCUGCUCAACUAGAGAAGAGUAUUGAAAGAGAACUAAUAGAGCGUCUGAGGAAAGGUGUUUAUGGUGGUGAAAUUCAUAAUGUCCCCCUCAAGCAGUUUGAUACUAUCCUUGACAUGGAAAAGGAUGAACUGGCUCCUGAGAUAGAAGAGGAAGAAGAAGGUGAGAUAGAGUAUGUUGAAGGUGCUGAUAUCGAGAUGGAUGAAAUGGAAGACAUGGAAGACUUUGAAGGCUUCGGUGGAGAAGAUGAUGAUGGAGAUGAAGAUGAUGGCCUGGAUGAGCCAUUAACAAAGAUGCCCAAGAGAUCGGGCUUCGAUAUAAGGUCAAAGAUUGGUCGCAAGUCUACGAAAGUAAUCACCGAGGUGGAACAAGACGAAAACAGGAAUAUCAGGCUAAGGAUGCAAAUGUGA